AUGUGCGGCACACACUGGAUCGAGUACGACUGCUCCCACUCCCAGGUGACGGUCCGCCCCGGCUCCCAGUGCGCCAUCGGACUCACCCAGGGCAAAGACAAGCCUUCUACCAGGCUGUGCUGCUGGGAUGAGAACCCGCAGGGCAUCGAGAAGGUCCAGGGACUGUGUUCUGCAUGCAAUUUCCGCAAGGAAAAGUACGGCAGCGCGAACUCUGGUGUGCAGUACAGCACGGGCGGAUUGUCCAAGAAGCUGCAACUCGUUAAUCUUGCCUUUCUGAGGAGCAGUCUAGUCUACCAAGUUCGUCUUAUCUGGACAGGAUUGAGGAUAAGACAAGCACAUCUAUUCUGUGAGACAGUACUCGUAUGGGGCUCUCUGCAGAGACAGGCCGUCAAGUCAAUUGACUUAUCUGAGCACGGACGAGCAAAAUAUGUUGACUUGACCAACUUAUUGGAACGAUCGUCAAUAUUGAAGAUGUAUUAA